AUGGACGCCCUUCACUUUAAAAUUGACCACCUUAAAUUAUUAUGGUCAGAGUAUCGUUCUGCAAACGAAGGAGUCGACAGAGAUUAUAGCGAUCAGUCGGAGUGGGCGCGUGGAAAACUGCAGGCAGUAUUAACGGAAUUUGACAAACUUAUUCAAGAACAAAUUCUCUGGAAAUCGGCUCUUUCGGCUGAAAUAGAGGAUUUGCUGGUGGAGAUAGAAGAGUGCUGUCAAAUAUUUGGUCGGAGGGUCGAUACCGUUAUACCAAAAGCCGCUGCAUUGAACGUUGAAUUGAAUGAUUCAGCACGUGAUGAACUAAGGUGCAUCCGAGACUCUUUACGAGAGGAAAUGGCCCUUACCAAAACAAACAUUAAAAAAUGGUUGGACAACCUUUCAACUUUCGUCAUAGAAUUAGAGAAUGAUUAUAAAGUUCCACCAGAAGAAGUGAGAUGUAAAUAUAAUGAAAUGGCUCGUGCAGUGACCAGUCGACGUGAAGCAUUUGAAGAGUCUGCGAUCAAACUGCAUUAUUAUUGGGAUGCGCUUCAUCAUAUUCCCCAAGAUGAAGUUGAUGAAGGAUUGUUCGAAUUAUUUAGUGAUAAACAGAACCCAAAAGAUAUUUAUGAAGCAUUACAGGCUUCACUUGAAAAUAAGACUCAACAAGAAAUCAUUGAUGUACAACGUGAAUAUGCAUAUUAUACCCCUAAACUUCCAACUGGAUUGAAAUUGUCACCGGAAUGUUUAGCAACUCUCAAAGAAAAAUUAGUCAUCCUUGAAAAAGAUUAUGUAACUCGUAAGAAUAAGCUGAAUGCUAUGCAAAAAGAUGUAAAGAGCCUAUAUAAGGAAUUGAAUGUUCCUUUAGAGGAAAGAAUCGAGUUGAUCGAUUCCCUUGAUGAAGAAUACAUAGAGCGGUUAUCUUUGGAACAUGAACGCUUAAAAGAAAUCAUGCGUGUAAUCAUUCAGAAAGCUAUCGAAGAGUAUACUUCGCAAUUGGUUGAACUAUGGAAUAAAUGUCUUGUUCCACAAUUUGAACGUGAUGAAUUCUUUGCCAACGUACACAAACUCAAUUCUGCAGAAGAUGUUUAUGAACUUCUCGCUAAUGAAGUUGCGCGCUUGCAAGAACUUUACGCAAAAUGUGCAAAGAUUUACAAGCUGAUGUUAGAAAGACGCGCAUUGAUCGAGAAAAUGACAGAGUUUGAAAAAAAGGCAUCAGACCCACGUCGUCUCUUCCAAAGCUCUUUCCGUUUAUUGGAAGAAGAGAAAUGGCGAAAAUCGUGUUGGCCCAAUUUGGUCAAAAUUGAAGAUCAAUUAAUCAAUGCGUGUGUUAAUUAUGAAGAGACUGAAAGAAAACCAUUUAUGCACGAAAGUAUGCGAUACUUAACCACUCUGCAAACUGAAAUAUCCGAACGUAUUGUCAAUCAAAUGUUCUUCGGUUUUGAAAAGGAUGCCGCUAAAGGUCAAAAUACCGAUCAAAAUCGGGCAACUAUUAAACGCAAGGAUAGUCAACUUUCACUUAAAACUUCAGCCAGCAGACCGGUGUCACCAACUGCUAUAAAUGAUAAUUAUACGUCACGUAGAAAUAGUCAAUUGAUGCCAUCACGACCUCAGAGCAGGGCAGUAUCACCGGCUUCUGGCAACUCUCGAAGAAAUAGUCAAUAUAUACCAUCACGGCCUCAGAGUAGGGCAGUAUCUCCGGUGUCUGGUAACUCACGAAGAAAUAGUCAAUAUAUACCAUCACGACCUCAGAGUAGGGCAGUAUCACCGGUUUCUGGCAACUCUCGAAGAAAUAGUCAAUAUAUACCAUCACGACCUCAGAGUAGGGCAGUAUCUCCGGUUUCUGGCGACUCUCGAAGAAAUUCCCGGGCAAUAAGUCGGCCGGUUUCACCUUCGAGGUCUAGAGCUCAAUCACGUGCUGGAUCACCCGUGAGAUCAAAUCGCAAUAGUUUAUAUUCUGCAAAUUCAAGUGACUCAACAACAUCAAAACGUAAUAGUGUAUACUCUGCAAAGUCAAAUGACUCAAUAGCAUCAAAACGCAAUAGUUUAUACUCGGCAAAUUCAAAUGACUCAGCAUCUUCAAAACGUAAUAGUUUAUACUUGGCAAAAAAUGACUCAGUAUCAUCAUUAUCAUCAAAUCCAGCACAAAGAACACUGAAAUCAAAUGGACUAUCCUCAAGUUCUCGUAGAUCAUCAUUAUAUGCGUCUAAUUUAGAUUCUUCUAUUACUCAAACUGGAAUAAAUUCCCACAAAACAAGCAAACCUAUUGAUAAUAAAAGGCUUGCAUCACAUCGAUCAUCACUCAUUGUAGAAAAGGGUAACACCACUGCACAACGUAGCAACAGUGUAUCUAGCACGUCAAGUGAAUCUUCGUCUACUUCAUCUGUUGCUGCACCAACUACUCCUGAACCAUCUUUGACUUCUUCAUAUCUGGCUAAGCCGCCUAUGUCAAUUGAUGCGAAUAUCGACCUGAAACACUUAUGCUGA